UCGCAUUUCUUGCAAAUCGCACGUGUGUCGUGUUAUUUUAACUUACAAAUUGAAUUAUUUCCCGAAUAAUUAUGUUAUAUAUUUUAUUCUUUACUCUUUAGUACAUAAAAAUACGGUUGUUGUUUUUUAGAAAUGGAUUCAUUUGACAUUUUUAAAAAAUUAUCUGUUGGUGCCAAGUUUAAAAAACCGCCGCGUGUAAUGCUGGAUGAAAAUGAAAAGUCGAAAGAAAAACAAAUAAAAAUAAAAACCGUGGGUAACAAUGUUCCCGUUUUGUUGUCAACAUUCGAAAACAUGAAAACGACGUAUUCUUUGAGUCCGGUCUUGAUUGAAAACAUUUUUAAGUCUGGUUACAACGAACCAACACCUAUACAAUCUCAAGCAAUACCAAUCAUGUUACAAAACAGACAGAUAUUUGCUUGUGCACCGACUGGGUCAGGUAAAACGGCUGCGUUCUUGGUACCCAUUAUACAUCAUUUGAAAAAACCUAUGAACACUGGAAUCCGAGCGUUAAUUGUCAGUCCUACCAGAGAGUUAGCUAAGCAAACGUUUAGAGAAUGCAUGAGAUUGUGUGAAGGUAUUGGACUGCGAGCUCAGACAUUUACAAAAAUCACUAAAGAUAAAGAGAAAUUUAAUCCUAAAACUACACAAAAGUUUGAUAUUUUAAUAGCAACUCCCAAUCGUCUAGUGUUUUUAUUGCAGCAAGACCCACCAUCCGUUGAGCUAAACAAUGUUGAGUGGUUGGUUAUAGACGAGUCGGAUAAACUGUUUGAAACUGGUGUGAGGGGAUUCAGAGAUCAACUCGCAACAAUAUACAAAGCGUGUGGUCCAAGUACAAAAAGAGCUAUGUUUAGCGCUACAUAUACUGUAGAGGUAGCAAAAUGGUCUAAAAAAAAUCUUGAUGGUCUAAUAUCGGUGUCGGUUGGUAAUAGAAACACUACAGCCACAACAGUUAAACAGGAUUUAGUAUUUGUUGGAAAUGAAGAAGGCAAGUUAAUUGCAAUGAGAGAUCUUGUUAAAAAAGGAUUAUCGCCUCCAGUUUUGAUUUUCUUGCAGUCUAAAGAACGAGCAAAAGAACUAUUUAGUGAACUAAUUUACGAUGGGAUUAAUGUAGACGUAAUACACGCUGAUCGAACUCAACAACAGCGGGACAAUACUGUAAAAGCCUUUCGCGAAGGAAAAAUUUGGGUAUUAAUUUGUACCGAGUUGAUGGGUCGAGGUAUUGACUUUAAAGGAGUUAACUUGGUAAUAAACUAUGACUUUCCUUCUUCUGCCAUUUCUUAUAUUCAUCGAAUUGGACGAACUGGCAGAGCUGGACGUCCUGGCAACGCUGUUACAUUCUUCACCAACGACGAUAAACCCAUGCUUAGAAGUAUUGCUACUGUCAUGAAAGAUUCAGGGUGUCCAGUUCCAGAUUACAUGUUGGAAAUGAAAAAAUUACACAAAAAUACCAGAAGAAAAUUAGAAAAACAGUCCAUUAAUAGAGAUGAAAUUAGAGCAAAGCCUCAUAGGUAUCAUAAACCUACAAAAAUAGAUAAAAAUGAUUCAAAGUCUGAAGAUGAAUCUGUAAAUGGUAAAGGAAACAUUGCCAAAUCAAAGAAACCUGUUAAAAAUAAAGUAUCAACAAAACAUAAUUUAAAAAAUGAAGAUACAAUUAAAUUGGUUGCGAUAAAAGGAAAAAGAAAACUAGACGAUUCAAAAAAACAAAAAAAUAAAAAAAGGUUAAAAACUACUGUCUAGAUUUAAGUAAUGGUGAUAAUGUUGUUUAUUUUAUUUAAGUGGUUUU